CCUUGACACAGGCAUUGAUGGUUUAGGAUGUCUACUCGACAUCGCAUGUACCUCUUCCACCUAGAAUAAUGGACCGCUUCUCCGCAUUACCAGUAGAUCUGCUGCCCAAUAUUCUACAGGAAAUCAUUCCCCCAAACCAUUUGGCGAGUGUCUGCUUGGUAAAUAGCACAUUUCAUGCGUUUGGCGUACAAUUUCUGUACCGCCGAAUCUUCAUAUACUCCUGGCAUAAGGAGGCGAAAGUCAAGGUUCGUCAACUGCUCCGCACACUCGCCAACUGUCCCCACUUGGCGAAGCAUGUCGUUCAGCUCACUCUGCGAGACUUCCCACGAGCGAUGAUCGCCUCGACGGAGCGGGAGCAACUCAUGACACUCUCGCUUCAAGCAAUUCGCAGCUGCGUCAAUCUACGCUCUUGCACAUUGACGAGAGACGGGUCCCUCUCAAACGAUAUUAUUUUGACCCUGCAGCAAGCCCAACAUCUAGCUGAGCUAGAGAUCAAUGGACACAACUUCUUCUACUUCAAACCAGGACUCUUGCCCGAUUUCAAACACCUCCGCAAGAUCUCCUUGAUCAUGCCUAGUCCUGAGGUGUUGAAUAUUCUCUCAAUAUGGGUGCAAAAUACUGCGCCGACUCUGCAGCAUCUAACGCUACUCUGUCAGUCUUCGAACGCUGUUACAGACGAGUUACUCGAGACGCUGUCAGAAUACAUGGUCAAUCUCGAGUAUUUGUACCUCGUUGGUUGUCCGAAGGUCACACAUGUUGGAGUGUGGGCCAUUAUUUCGAAGUCUGAAGUCGGCUUGAGAGGGCUUGGCCUAGAAGACGUUUCUCCAUCCUUCGACAUCCACCGCCUUAGCGAACUCUGCGCCGUUUCUCAGUCCUUGCGACGCCUGAAGUCUAUCACCCUGACCGUUGAAAGCCGCUCGUCUACUUCACAGAGCCCAUGGACUUGGGGAGUCACCAGCUUGCUCGCUGCCUCGCCUCUCGAAUUCUUCCACGUGUCUUCUCUUGGCGGGGACCUCAAAGCGGCGGGACUUGACGAUCGGUUCUGCCACAACAUUGUCGCAGCACACGGCGAGCGCUUGCGCAGGUUCUCUGUGCACCGCCUGCGCAUGAGCCUCGACGCUGUGAGGGACAUAUGCGCGAGAUGCCCGAAGCUCGAGCAGUUGUUCGUAGUACUGGAUCGUACGGAUCUUAACGAAUUAGGGCUCUGUUUAUCGGUAGCAAAGUCGCUGCGCGCGGUCCAUGUCAACCGUCCGAUAGGACCCGAGUCCGACUCUGAGAGUAUACCUGUUGUUCCCAGAGAGCUAGUUCUGUCGAUUCUCAGACAGAGUGGCCUCCCGGCUUUGAAGCAAAUUGGUUUCAACACGAGGGUUAAUCAGGUGGAAAGAUUGCCCAGAGUUAACGAGAACGGGGAGGUCGAGAUGGAGUUGCAACUAGGACCAUACGAAAGCCCAGAAAUUCCGGAGCAGUUCCUGGUGGUUCGCACCAGCUAACGAGGAGCGAUUGCACUAGCUUCGCUCUUGCGUGCGCGCCACGGAUCACCGUCGGUCCGUUUUACAGUAUGGUAAAGAGAAAUAAGAGAUAUAUAUCCCGGCGAGAAACAACACCAACGAGAAGAGUAGCUGGCCAUGCAGUAAAUGGCAAUAUGCACGAGAUGUAACGAGUAUAAUAGUCACUACAAAACUCUUACGUCUCUGCCUCUACCUCGGGGUUUUCCUCCUCAGCAGCAGGCUCCACAUGUGAUUCUUCAUGAGUAGGUGGCUCGCUCACGGCAACCUCAACGUACGAAGCGUGUUCUUCCACAAUCUCGCGUUUGUCCUCUUCCUGAGUUUCAGCUGUUGGCUCUUCGGCUGGCUCGGUAGCAAUGUCGGCCUCCGGUUCUUCGGGAGCAGCAGGCUCAGUGGGCUGCUCUGCUUCUGCAGGGGAUUCGGGCUCGCCGCCUUCAGUGACGUCGACUUCCUCCUGAGUGCUCUCAACCGAAAGCUCUACCUCGUGCCCUUCGUCCUCCUCAGCUACUGCCUUCUCUUCCCCUGCUGGUACCUCAGCGGGUGCUAGCUGAAGAGACUCCGACUGUGCCUCUUCGGUUGCAGACACCGAAGCCUCCGCGACAUCAGUGGCCGAAACCUCAUGUGCUUCCGGCUGUUCUGAUGUCGCCUCCUGAGGCGCCUCUACCGGCACCUCCUCUGCUGCGGCCAGUGGCUCCUCGGUGGACAAUAUACGCUCCUGCGCUACGGCGCUGUCUAGUUCCACCUCCGAGAAUCCCCGACUCUUGGCGAGCUCUUCCGCAACAUUGACAGACUCGCUGUAGACCAUUGUGUCUGUACGGCUACGUCCUUUGCGCGGGCUCGCAUUGCGCGCGUCGUCCGUUAUGCCGGGCGAGCUAAUGCCUCUAUCCUUGCCGGUGAGGAUGCCAGACGGUUGCAACAGCCAUCCGCGCUCCUGGCUAGGGAUGCGGCGCGCUGUAUUCAUGUAGUCCUCGCGACUGAUGUCGGACGCGUCUGACGGUUCUUCUUCUUCAGGGCUGUUGUCUUCGCCGUCACCGUCCUCCUCUUCGUCUCGCGAGCUCGUGUGAAUGCUCAUGCGGGGAGGUAUCACGAGGAAAUCGGUCGAUACCAGUGCGAACUUUGAGGUAAGAGCAAGAAAGCGCGCAUAUAGCGAGGAUUCGGCCUCUGCUUGCUCGAAUGCUUCGCGGUGGUGGUAGUAAGCAUGCGCGAAGAUGCGCCCCAGUCGACGCGCGAGGGAAGAGAAGUGGCGUGUUGAUGCUGGGGGUAUGGAUAAACUGCACCAAUGAGAGUAAGGACACCUAUGACUACAGAGACAUCCGACUAUACGAACCGAGAUGGAAAAGCGCGUGGCGAGUUGAGCAAUGCCGUGGCGCUAUCGAGUGUAUGCAAUAUGUAGUCAAUGGCGCAACAUUGCUACGGAGCGCAGUUAGAGGCUGCUGGGGAGCAUGAGCGUGUAACGAACCUCCAUGGCACCUUCAUUCCCGUGAGCAACACAAAGGUACAGCCAUUCGCCGGCUUUCAUCUCGGGACAUGUCUGACGAGUACACUCUUGCUGCAAAGUGGUAAUCAGGGGAUGGGACAAGUCCUGUGCAAGUCGUCUACAUCCCCAAGAACGCGUUAA